CUCCCCCGCCAACAUCAGACAGAUUUCGGUUGCUAUUGGAGACCUCCACCUGUUGUUCUGCUCCUGGGCCCCUGAUGAGCCUUUUGCAUGUGUGGAGCUCACUCCUGAUUGGCCAGCAAGCUGCCUCCUUGUAGCUGUCUCCACCCAAAGUCCAGCUAACAGUGGCUGUAGAAAGCAACACUCUUACUUUUGCAAAGAAGGAGUUACCUUUGCAUCCAACACAAACAAAUCUGUUCCUUUCUUAUCCACGACACCUCCCUCUCCAAGGGGUGCAGUCAUCAAUCACUCCAGCCUUCUGAAGAUCGGAAAUGCUAUGUCACAUCCCCUGUAUCACCCCUAUGCCACUGGGAAGCAAAGUUCCUCCCAGGGCUCUUAUGGACUCUCUAGUUCACAAACAGAAAGGGGCCCUCAGGAGGCAUCCUGCUUUCUUGGACCUGGUUCCAGCCUCAGUUCUUCUGGAGCUUCCUCUGGCAACUCUUGGCCAAUGAACCAAUUGUCUCUGCAAAGAAAUUACAUACCCGAACAAAGUAGGUCUGUACUGGGUGAGGGUAUAGAAAGCUCUGUAGACAUGCAUAUUAGAAGAAUCAGAGAGGAGGUGAGGCUUGUUGGAAGCUCAGUGAAUCACCCCAUGGACCAGGAUACUCGCUUUUCCAGCAUACAGAGAGAUGAAUUUUGUUCUUCGGGCACAGGAAUAGUCUCCUAUCCUAAGUCCUCUACCUCGUUCUCUCUUGGUCAUAGACAAAACUUGGACAUUCAGAGUGACAGCAGGUCCUUUGACUUGUCAUCAAACUACAGUAGACCUACAAAUGAUGUCUCUAAAUUCAACAUGCCACAUGCUUUUUCUAGCUUCAAAAGCAGUGAUGACAGUAGGUAUGGAACCCCCAAUGAAAGAUGUGAUAUUAAGUCCAUUCCAGGGUUCAAAGAUUAUGACCAUGAUGUACAAGUUGUACACAAUUCUUUUGUCCCUAAGUCCGGCCAACCUAAGUACACCUCAGAAGCUGCUGCUAACAUCCUUAUGCACUUCGGACUUGAAAAAGAUGAUUUGGAGCAACUCAUUGCCUAUCCUGCAGACCAGAUGACUCCUGCUAAUCUGCCAUUCAUCUUGCAACAAAUACUCCUUCAGAAGGACAAGAGAGCAACAACAACAAGGAAGUCAAAAACCCUACCAGAACCCCAAUCCAACAGACCAGUGAGUGGGGUGGACAGUUGCAAUUUGACCAGAACUAGAGGGGCAUUGAUGCAGCAGGAGAGCACAUGCUCAGAUGGUUUCCAGUCAAGCAACAUGAUUGGCUACAGCUACACUGGCAAAUACCCAGCAGGGUUGGGGACUAAGAUUGGAGGGAAAUGUAACUUAGAGAACGGUGGGAUGAUUGGCAGUGUGCUGUCUAUGGACAGUGCUGCUAGAAGACACAUUCUUGAAUCACUGCAACAAAAUACAGCAGAGUGGAAAAGCAGUGCCUUGGGUUCUUUGAGUGGGAAAACAAAUUCUUUUACCAGUCCCAGCUCUUUGUGUAGUUCAGCACUGAACUCUGCAUCUUUUCAAAAAAGUGAUCAGACUAAACAACUGCCGACUCAACCAAACCAGGCUUUGCAGUGUAAUCUCAGUUCUUUCCCUCCGCCAAAGAAAGACGCACACAUCGGACAUCUCAACUCUGAGGCCUUAAAACCCACUCCUUUGAAAGAAGUUGAUCAGUCGGUAUUGAAAACCCAACAACCCUCCACUCAGCCCCUUAGUAUACACCCCAGCGGUCCUGCACUUGUGAACAUCGGCAGUAAUGAAGCUAGUGGUACAAAAGAUUCACAUAAAAGCAAAAGGUCAGUUGUGGUUGAACACAUUUUUAGGCAGCAGGGAAAAGAGAAGGAGCAAAUACAACAGAUGCAGCAAACUCAGAAGCAGAAGAGCCUAAAGCAGACUCAUAAGCAGAAGAAGACUUGGCAGACUUCAGAGCAGCGAUUGCAGCAGAAGCAGAUGGAGCAGAUGCAGGUUCAACAGACAGUAAAAGAGGAAAUGCAACCUGCAUCUCACACAGGACAGACAAUGUGGCCUCCAGUUUCUUCUGCUCAAACAUUGGUUCCACCAGUUCCUCGCUGUUCUCGACCCAUUGUUUCCCCUCCAGUUUUGCCUCAGCCACCCAUAGAUCUGUCUAACUUCAGUCACUUGGGCCUCCUGACUUCUGUCACACAGUCUUCAGCCAAAGUUGCAGUUUCCAAGCCAACGCAAGCCAUGAUGAAUGACUAUGCUUCCACCACCACACCACGACUUUUCCCACAUACCUGUUCUUUGUGUAACAAAAAAAGUAAGAAUAUGCAGGCUUGGAUCACCCACCACAACAGCAUCCUUCAUUUCGACAAUUGCAAGAAACUGCGACAAAAAUACCCUGAAUGGGCUGCUGAACUUGAUCUUGAGUCCAGAGCUGCAGCUCAAGAUGCCAAGGCCUCACUCUCAACCUCUGCACAGACUUCCAGGCAUAAGAGAAGCAGGUGUGACAGUCGUUCUUGGUCCAAGUCAGAAAGCCCUCGUCGCCACCGAGGCUCAAAGUGUGGAAGGGAUAAACAACGCAGUCGAUCACGAUCCCACCGUCACUCCAGAUACCAUCACAGGUCUCCGUCAUGGUCCCGUUCACGCUCUCGUUCUCUGUCCCACUUCCGCUCCUGCUCCCACUCCCGCUCCCGUUCCUUUUCCCGCUCCCGCUCUCGUUCCCGUUCCCCAUGGUAUGAUCCCUGGAUCUCCUCCCGAUAUCGAUCGUAUUCAAGCAGCCCAGACCGAUGGUCAUCUCCAAGGAGAAGAGACAGACGAUCGUCAACACCAAGAAGGAGCCGUGAGAGGCGAACACCAGCGAGAAGGAAACGUAAGAGGCGAUCACCCACAGACUCAGAGUCAUCUCCUGAACGAGACAGGAAGAAAUGUGCACAGAGACUGGCUAAGAAACUUCUGAAAACAUCAGGUGUCCAGUCGCUGGCAAAUCAGUCUGACCUGGAAGCUGUGGUUAAAACUCUUGCUCCUGCCUUAGUGGCAGAACUUUCCAAGAUAAAGUCAUCUUCCUCUUUCUCUGGCAAAUCACAGAAACGCUCCUCUUCCCAAUCUGGUGGUGGGACGAGAUCAUCUUCAAAUGCCUCAUCUUCCUCUUCAACAGCAAGAAAGGAGUCGGCAACAAAGACUUCCAAAAAAAAGCCCAGCUUGAAGACAAGCGAGUCGGAUAAAUCAUCCUCUCCCACCGUGGUGAAACUACACGGGAUUCAUAACACUCUAACGCACAGUGAGCUGCUUUCUGCUGUGGAGCAGUUUGGAAAAAUCAAGUCUGUUGUGAUGUUUUGGGCCAAGAUGGAGGCAGUGGUGGUUUUUGAGAAUGCGGAAGAUGCUAAGAAACUGAGGUAUUUGAAGUACCUCUACAUUGACGGAAUCCCUCUCACUGUCAUUAAUGGACAGGAUGCUGUUUCCAAGGAGGAAAAGAAAGCUUCUCAGAAAAAAUCUGUCAUGUCCAAUGCAUCUACAACUGAAUCCACCAAUGGAGGAGCUCAACCUCCUUCACCUGCCAUGUAUAAAUGUUUAACCAUGGAUACCAAAGAAAAGGUUGUGGUGUUAGAAGCUCAAAAUGUCUCAUCCCAGCAGAAAGCAAAAACAUUACGAAAAGGAAAUCUUGCUGCAAAAGGAGCAGUUGUUAAGCAUAAAACAUCCUCACCGUUCAAGACUGGGACUCAGACAAAUGUCGUCGACUCCAAAGGAAGGUCUACAACCGAAAUAUCUAAAACCACUGUUAAAAUACCUGUAGCGGGGCUUAUAGAGAAGCCCAAAGUAACAGGACCUGCAAAAAGCACAGCGAUUAAGUCAAAGGUGUUGGGUUCUAAAGCUGAAAGGGUUCCAACUCCAGUUGCCAAGCUGAGUGCACAGAAGGCUGCCACAGAAGAAAAUGUGAAAGAAACAGCAGAAAAAGAUCAACAUGAGCCCUCUGAGUCAGCAGUUCCAGAUCAGCGGUCUAAAGUAGAAAAUCUCAAGCCAAAAGAACGUGAAAAAGCAAAUAUACCUGUUAAAAAUAAUGAUGCAGCAAAUGUUGAGGAGGCUGUUGCUGCCCAUGAACCAGCGGUCACAGUACCAAAGGGUGAAAAUGUCUCAUACCAGCUGACGGCAAAAACCUUAAAAACUCGAGUUUUGGCUGGAAAAAGAGCCACAGAAGCAACAGUGGCUCUGCAGGAAACAAAGUCUAGUUCUUCUGAAAAUAAACCUAAGGACCCCAAUCAGCCAGUACCUAAGAAGUCUAAAUCCACCGGCAAAGAACCCAUGUUGGCGCUUAAAGAGAAGCCCAAAGCUGAAGAACCGGCAAAAGGCAAGGCGAUUCAAGCAAAGGUGUUUAAUUCUAAAGCUGAAAAUCUUUCAAUCAAUCAGAAAUCCCAAACACCAGUUGUUAAGCUGCCUGUAAAAGAUGCUCCUGCAGAAGAAAAUGUUAAAGAAAAAAAUGCUGAAGAUCCAAGUGAGUCCACAAAAUCAACAGCUCCAUAUUAUCAGUCUGAUAUGGAAAAUCUCAAGCCAAAACAAUCUGAAAAAGAAACUGUACCAGUUACAAAUAAUGAUCAUGCAAGGGUCAAUGAAGCUGAUGAUGCACAUGAGAUGGUCACAGGAUUUGAAGGGAAAAAAAUCUCAGAGCAGCUGACAGCAAGAGCCUUAAAAUUUGAAGUGUUGGCUGCCGAAGGAGCUUCAGAAUUUGCAGUACUUUUGCAGAAAACACCCUCAAGUUCCAAGUCUGGAUUUUCUGAAAAUCAACGUGAUGCUGUUGGUUCUAAACAAUUGCCAAUACUUGAAACAUCUAUAACCACUAAUAAGGAACCUUUUGUGGAGCUUAAAGUGAAGUCCAAAGCUGAAGAGCCAGCAAAAGGCACAGAGGUCACAGCAAAGAUGUCAGACUCAAAGGCCGAAACAUUUUCAAUUCUGCAGAAACCCCACACUCCAGUUAAGAAGCUGCCUGAACGAGGGGCUCUCACAGAAGAAAAUAUCCAAGAAACAACUGCAAAAGAUCCACGUGAGCCUACCAAAUCAGCAGCUCCACCUUGUCAGUCUGAUGUGGAAAAUCUUGAUACUAAAGAAUCUGAAACUAAGGCUCAAGAAUUUUUGGAGUUGUUGGAAGAGACACUAAAGCCAGUUGACAAAGUAAAUGCAUCAGUUGAAAAUAAAGAUCAAACAAAAGUUGACAAAUGUGAUGAUGCAGAUGCUUCGAUGCUAAGGGUAUCAGAAGCUACACGUUUUCCAUCCAAACAGACAGUGAAAACCCUAAAAUCUGGGACUUUGUCAAUGAAAGGAGCUGUAGUAAAGGUGGUGGAUAAGCAGAAAUCAUCAAGUUCCAAGUCUGGGUCUCCUGAAAAUCAACCUACUGCUGUUGGCUCAAAACAGCCAGUAUCUAAGAAACCUAUACCCACUAAAGAACCCAUGCUUGAGCUGAAAAACAAGCCCAAAGCUGCAGAUCAAGCAAAAGGCACAGUGGUUACUGCAGAAGUGCUGGACUCUAAGGCUAAAAUAGUUUCAACCAUGCAGCAAUGCCAAAUUUCAGUUGAUGAGCUACCUGCACAAGAGGUUCCCACAGGAGAAAAUGUCCGAGAAGCAAUUGCAAAAGGUCCAAGUGAGCCUUCAAAAUCAACAGCUCCAUAUUAUCAGUAUGAUGUGGAAAAUCUCAUGCCAAAAGUAUCUGAAACUAUUGUUCAAGAGUUUUUGGUGUUGCUGGAAAACACAAAGUCAGAUGUUCCAGGUGAAAAUAAGGAACUGGCUAAAGUUGAAGAAGCUGACGAUGGAGAUGAGCCAGAGCUUGGGGUAUCAGAAGCAAAAAAUGUCUCUUCCCAGCAGAUACGCAGCAAAACUAUGGCUAUCAAAGGAGCUGUGCCAAAGGAGGGGAUUGAGCAGAAAACUAUCUCAAGUUCCAAGUCUGGGUCUCCUGACUCCAAACAAAGGCCAAUACCUGAAACAUCUAAAACCAUGAGUAAGGAGCCUGUUGCAGGGCUUAAAAACAAGCCCAAAGCUGCAAAACAUGUGAAAGGUACAGUGAUUAAGGCAGAGGUGUUGAAUUCUAAAGCUGGAACAGGCUCAGUUAUGCAGAAACCCCAAAGCUCAGUUAAUGAGCUGCCUGCACGAGAGGCUGCCACAAAAGUAAAUGUCCAAGAAACCAUAACAAAGGAUCUGAGUAAGGCCACCAAAUCAACAGCUCCAUAUUAUAAGUCUGAUAUGGAAAAACCAAGGCAUAAAGAAAUUGAAACUCAGGUUCAAGAAUCUUUGGAGCUGCUGGAAGACACAGUAAAGGCUGCCGGAGUGAAUGUCCAAGAAACCAUAACAGAAGACCUAAGUAGGCCUGUCUCAACAGCUUCAAUGAAGCGGACUGAUUUUGACAAUCCGGAGCCUAAAGAACCUGAAACUACGGGUCAGGAAAAUUUGGUGAUGCUGGACGAUUCAGUGGAGGCUGUUGAAAAAGUAAAUGCAUCAGCUGAAAACAAGGAUCAAGUAAAAGUUGACGAUGCUGAUGAUGCAGAUGAGCCAAUGGAUCUUGGGCUGUCAGAAGUUAAAGUUGUGGAGCCUGUGGACACAGGUAUUUUCAAAGACGAAGGGAAUUCAACAAAUUCAGACAUUCUCAGAGAGAGUCAAACACCAAUUUCAGAUGCAGUCUCAGCCAAGGAUGCUUACAAAGCUUCUGAAGAUGCCUCAACAGUGGAAAGUGUAUCUUUGACAACUCAGCCAACAGCUGCAGCAGUGAGUGAGCAGCAGCCUCCCUCCUCUAUUGUGGUUAACCCUCUGACUGUUGGGGAGAUGGUAGACAAGCUCCUGGAUCCAAAGAAAAUAGAAUGCUUUGACACAAAGCGAUGCUUUGGACCAAAAUUUUUAAAGGUUGGUCAGAAGCAGUUGCUCCUAUCUAAUCUGCCGGAGUAUGACAACGGCAGUUACACAGAAGAAGAUGUUGCCAGGCUGCUCAGUCGCUUCGGGUUUCGGCACGCAGACGACAACAUUUUUGUUUUUCCUCAUGCUCGCUUGGCUUUUGCCGUGAUGCCAACAAUAGAGAGUGCUCGUGAAAUACUGAAAGCUGCUGUUAAGCAGCGCAUCAUUUUAAAAGGAAAUAUCCUCUCAAUGAAGAUUUUAAAAGAAAGCAAAAUGAACACACCGCUUGGGUUAUAUCAACAACUCAUGAAGCUGAUGGGGUCUGGUGAGUCUGGCCAAGAAAAUAGAGCUGUCUUCAUCAAGAAUAUUUCACUGGCGGAGACCCAGGAGCUCAGGAAAGCAAUGGAGUAUUUUGGUUCUUUUAAGAACUACAUGCCUCUCCUAAACAAGGUGUUUAUAGAAUUGGAGUCAGUUAAAGAUCGCCAUUGCUUUACAAUUUGGUUUAAUCUCUUGAAACCCGGGCAUGGCCAUGAAGUACACAAGCUACAUGCGUACCGAUGUGUCUACCUAAAGAUGGAAAGGCGUAAAAGGAAGAAUGAGAAGAUUUGGAAACGGAGACAGGCCAUUCAGUGUUCUGAUAAUGGCAUGCCUUUGACCCGUGGAGAGAUGGUGGAAUAUCACCUGCUCAAAGACAAAAUUAACUGCCUGAAACAACGAUCCUGCCUCUCACCAAAAUUUUUAAAGCGUAGCACAAGGCUGAUGCUUAUCAGUGACUUGCCAUUAUAUAUCAAUGGCUGCUACACAGAAGCUGAUGUUGCUAAUCUGCUUAUUCCUUUUGGAUUUCAAUACAAAGAAGACUCCAUCUAUGUUGUUCCGCAGGCACGCAUGGCUUUCUUCUCGAUGAACAAUGCAGCAGAAAUGCAAAACAUGAUGAAAACCCUCAAAGUGUGCCCGGUUGUUUUGUUGGGAGUUGAGCUCUCUCUCAGUGUCGUGGCUGUCCACAUUGAAAUGACGCCUUUUGAGUUCUAUAAAUCUCUGAUGGGCCUCAUGGAUUAUCCUGUAGCAGCCGAUGGAAUGAAAACAUUCUUCAUCAGAAACAUUUCACCAAAUGAAAUCAGGGACCUCAGAAAUGCUGUGAAGAAAACGGGCUCAGUCAGGAACUUCCUGCCUCUUCUCAACAAGGUAUUUGUUGAAUUUAAUUCCAUUCGUGAUGCUGAUAUGCUUGGAGUUUGGUACAGUUUUCUGAAACAAGCCCCCGGCCACGUAGUCCAGAGGAUGAGAGUACCAGACACUUGUUCUGCAGGACCACCACCAACAUUUCCAAAGGCCGCUCUUCGGGACAAGGAUGUCAUUGAGGGAGCGACUCUCUCGCCAUCAGAUUCUGACGUCCCGCAGGGCAGCAUAGCACCAUUUUGGGUCACGCUGAGAAACUGCCCUUUCGUGUUUCCCUCUGUUUUGCCUUGGUUCUUCAUUCCAAAGUACCAGCCUAUCAGAAACAUGGGAGACGUUGAGAGAGCAAAAGAAUCUGCGCUGCCAACAAUCAUGUUGACUGGUUUGCCAGAAGGAAACUACAAACAUGAGGAUGUUGCAAAGCUGGUCUGGCCAUAUUUUCCCAAACAGACCCUUCAUUCCCUGUACUACAACGUUACAGUCUUACCACUGCAGAGAAGGGCAUUCAUAUCAUUUGAGGACUGGACAGCAUGCAGCAGCUUUAUCCAAGAUCACAUGAAAAAAACUUUUUCUGUCAAGGGAUGCUUGAUUAAGGUCCAUAUUGUUUUGCAACGGAUGCAUCCUGAUUCCAGUGAGGAAAUGAUGUACAAAAGCAUGAUGAAAUGGAGCAAUGCUAGAGUACCCAAAAGAAAGGGUCUAGAGGAGCGAUUGCUUUGUGUUCAGAUCUGUGAGGCAUCUGUGGCUGUCAUCAGUGUGGUCAUGGAAGUUGUGGCGUCUGUUGCGCCUGUCAUAAACUUCCUGCCACUUGCCAACAGGAUAUGCAUUGAGAUGGCUGGCCCCAGUGGUGUAACCAAGGUGUUGGAAGCAAAAAAUAAGCUAUGCCUUAACACUGCUCGAAUGGUUGUACCAUGGAGAAAAGUUGGACACUUUGAGUCUGUGAAGACCCUGAAGCAGCGUCUACUAGAUUCUGGAGUGACACUAAUAAAAUUAGAGCAGACCACUGUCGGCAAUGACGGCAGGCCUGUAGACGUGGAAUCUCAACUCCAGGUCUCUGUCUCUGAGCCUUUUGAUAGUGAAUCACAACCUGCUCUGCGAACUAGUUACCCUGAUGGAUCCACGAUUUCUGAGCCUAUCACUCCAGAACCAAGUCCUUCUGGCACAAGUCAGGAAACAAAGAAAGAGGCUGAUGAGAAACCAGGAAGUUGCAAAAGCCUAAAGCAGAGCCUACAUGGUUAUAGAGAAACACAAAUUAAGUUUGAACAGGCCACUAUCAGUUAUGAUGGCAAGGCCGCUGCGGUGGAACCUCAAACCCAGCAUACUCUUUCUGAGCCUUUUGGUAUUGCAUCACAAUCUUCUCUGCAAACCAGCAGACUUGAUGGAUCUGUUUCUGAGUCUGUCACUGCAGGACCAAGUUCUUCUGGUACGAGUGAGGAAGCAUUGACAGUGGAUGAUGAGAAACCACAAACUUUGAAAAGCCUAAAGCAAAGCUUACAAGAUUCUGAAGAGGUGCAAAUGAAGUUCAAACAGGCCACUGUCAGUUCAGACAGAAAUCCCAGAUUAGUGGAAUCUCAACCCCAUUAUCAUCUUUCUGAGCCUUUUGGUGAGGCUCUACAAAACAACAGACCUGAUGGAUCCAUUUCAGUGCCAGUCACUGCAGGACCAAGUUCUUCUGGCACAAGUGAGGAAGCAAACAAAGGGGAAGAUGAGAUGCCAGGAAGUUUCAAAAGCCUAAAGCAGAGCCUUAAUGGUUCUGGAGAGAUUCAAAUAAAGUUAGAACAGGCCACUGUCUGUGUAGACAGCAAACCCCCAACAUUGGAAUCUCAAGCCCAGCAUCCUCUCUCUGUACCUUUUGAGGAUGGAACCAAGCCUAAUCUGCAAACCAGCAGAUCUGAUGGAUCCACCAUUCCCGAUCCCAUCAUUGCAGGUCCAAGUGAGGAAGCAAAGACGGAGGAAGGUGAGAAACAAGGAACUGUAAAGGCACCAAAGCCAAGUCUGCAAGAUCCUGGAGAGAUGGCAAUAAAGUCUGAACCGUCCUUCAUCAGUGUUGGCAGGAAGUCCCCAGCUGUGGAAACUCAAACUCAGUGUAGUUUUCUGGACUCUUUUGAUAAUCAGUCAAAAUGUAUUCUUAAAAUUAGCUACCCUGAUGGAUUCAUCAUUUCUAAGCCCAUCUCUGCAGGAUCAGUUUCUUCUAGCCCAAGUGUUGAAGUAAAGACUGAGGAAGUUGAAAAAAUAGGAAGUGUAAAGAGCCUAAAGCAGGAUCCACACAAUUCUGAAAACAUUCAAGUAAAGCCUGAACACACCACAGCCAGUGUUGACACCAAGCCCCCAGAAUCCCAAACCCAUGAUCUUACCUCUGAACAUUGGUCUCAAUCUGCUCUGCAAACUAGGGAGCCUGAUCGAUUAACCAUUUCCAAGCCAAUUGCUGCAGGACCAAGUUCUUCUGGCACAAGUGAGAAAGUAGUAAAUGAAUCAGAGACUGUGAAGGGCCUAAAGCAGAGUCUACAAGGUUCUGGAGAGAUGCAAGUUGUUUUCGAAGACACCACCUUCAGUGUUGAUAGCAAGCCCCCAGCUGUGGAAUCUCAAGCCCAGGGUCCUCCUUCUGACCCUUUCAAGGAUGGAUCACAAUUUGCAGUGCAACCUGGUGGAUCCACCACUUCUUAUCUAAUCUAUGCAGGACAAAGUUCUUCCAGCAAAAGUGAGAAACCAGGAAAUGAGGUCCCCAUGGAGUCCACUCCUGGUUCCAAAUCAGAGGAGAAAUUCAAAAAACUAAUAGCAGAAGAGGAAAUGGGACUAUCAACAACCUCGGUCUCUAUCACUGAUGCCACCGCUUCCUUAGCAGAAUGUGGAGGAAGCAUAGCCCCUGCUGCUUCCUGCCCUUACUCCUCAACCACAGCAUGCAUGCCUGAAGAAGACCUUGAAGAAUAUCCUCAAAUUGACACUGAAAUUUUGCAGGCACUCACUGUAGCAAUUCGCCAGCAUAGACUCACCCUUGCAGCAAGGUCUAAGGAAAAGGAAAAAAAGGUCCAGAAUGAUCUCAAAAAUGGCGUUUUUGCAGAUGCAAACCUUUCUGAUAUGCGGAAUUUGAAGAAGGAUGAUGUAAUCACUCUUGAGGAAAUUGGUGAUGAUGGCAGUGACCCAAACCCUGAGCCUCAUCACCUGUUCCCAUCCAAGUGUUCUUCCCAAGAAAGCAGAGAGAGGCAAAGCCCUGGCGAUGAAAAGACCUCAACAAGCUCUUUCAAAGACUCCAAGAGACCAUCCUUCUCCUCAUCCCCUGUGUCUAAGUCAAGGAUAGAUUCUAACUCAACCUCUUUUUCACCCAUGACGUUUAAAGACUCAUAUAAGCACAGCAAACCUCCUCCCUCUAGUGCCAUAGCAGACACUGAGGUAUGCAGUGAAAUGGAAAUACAUGGUUCUUUCCAAGGCCAAGAAGCAGACAAAUCAGUCAUUGAGGAGACCGUGUUUGAAAUAGCAGAUUCUGUCAAAAACAAUGCAGUUCAAGGUGACAUCAAAGAAAGGUUUAGUACAAGAGCAAAGAAAGGGGACGUAGUCAGAACAAAUCUGAAAGAAGCAGCUGAGAAACCUGACGUGGACGACGAGUCUACUUUUCAGGUACUAGACUCUGUUGAAGAUGACAUUGUCAAUGAAAAAACAACCAUCACAAUAAGAUCUAAUGGAAGAUUGAGGGAAAUGAUCAAUAUAGAUGCUUCAGUUAAGGGACAAACCCCUCUGAGAAAGUCGCAAAACAGAGAAGAAAUACCAAAGAAAGAGGAGAAAACUCCUAAGAAAGAAAGCACAACAACAAAGAAAAUUGCUGGAGUCAAGAAAGAUCUAAGUAAAAAGGUUGCAGUAUUUGAAAUUCUGGACUCUGUGGAAGAAGAGGCUCUCAAGGAUGCGUCCAGAGGGAAAGGAAAGAAGGGAAAACCUGAAAAACAGGUAAAAUCAGCUAAAAAAGACAGGGCAAGAUUAAAAAAGAGUGACACUGACAUGUCCCAAAAAGCAGUGGAUGGAGAAGAGGUUACAUAUCGGAUUCUUGACUUUGUUGAAGAUGAGUCAGUUGAUGAUCUGCCAACAUUAGACCAGUCUACGAAUGCAAGAGGAGGGAUCAUCUUGAGAAAGAUUGGCGAGCAAGAAUUGAACAGACAAUCUCUUGAAGGAUCUAGUAAAAAUAAGGAAGAGGAAGAAUCUAAAUAUAAUAUAGCAGAUGUGGAAGAUGAACAAGUUCAAGAAGAGCUAACAGCCACAGGGAAGUCAAAUAUUGAAAGAAAGGGAAAAAUUACAACAUACAAAUGCCUUGUAAAAGAAGCAGAACAAGAAGACAUUCCUGUUAGUUAUACUUCUGUCACAGAGGCUUUGGCUGUCAAAAAUGAUAUACAAGAUAUAAUUGAUAGUUAUUCUGCUGCAAAAAGUUCUGGUACUAGUGGACAAGAAAAUAUAUCCACAACAGACAUUAAGGCAAAGGAAACGUCACGAUUCAAAUCCCAGAGUUGUCCUAUCCGACUUGAAAAAGGCACCAAAGGAAAAUCACUAAAGAAAGAGCAAACAGCCAGCAUUUGUAUGAGCCCAGAUGAUGUUAGUGAUGAGGAGGAUUACCCUGAUGACACGGCUGAGGAGGAGGAACUAAGGAAGCGACAAGCUGCUGCAAAAGAGAAGCAGAUUGCCAAAAAAGCAAUACGAUCCAAUGAGACUCUGAACCGGAGAAGCAGCAGAAAUCACAGAGAUGGAGACGGGAAGACAAAUGACGUGGAGGAGGGAGUGCAAGACAGUCACUUGUCACUUCCAUCACUUGUCAUUCUUGAUGAGUUUGUGGGGAAGGAGACUGAAGGACAGACUGAACGAAGUAUGCCUAUGGUGCACUCACUAAGCAGAAAGGACAAAUCAGCCAACACAGAUCAAAGUAUGAGCUUUGUGAUUGUUGACAAAGUUGAAGAGGUUCAUGAUGAGGACAAAAAGGUGUUACCACCCAGGAGAAGAGGUAAAGCCAAGAGAAUCAGGCAGACUCCUGUGAGAAAAUCUACCAGGGGGAAAACUGUGAGCACAAAAGAAAGAAGAGAGGAGGGAAAGGAGCCAACUGAUGAACUACCUACCUCCUCAAUAGAAGCCUCCUCCUCGUUGGACAAAGAGACAGCAGAGGCUGAAGCAGUAAGCCAAGUGGACAUCGACAUUGCCUUUGCUGUGCCACAAAUCAGACUGGAGAACGAAUCGCUGGAAGGAUGUGCAGAAGAGAUAGGGAUAAAGGGCAAAGAGUGGAGUCCAGCUGAUAUUAAAGACUUCAAUCUACUGAAAUUUGAACCCAACAACCCCCUCGGUCAGGAGUUUGUCAUCCCCAAAUCAGUGUUUUUCUGUAGCCUCUGCUCCGUUUUCUACCUUAAUGAGAGAAUCGCCAAGGAGCUCCACUGCAGCAGUCAGAAACACUUCAACAACCUGAAGAAGUAUCAUCAGAAGCAUCAACAGAAAUCAUCAAGGAGCUCUAAAGAUUCUGUCUCUGAUUGAUCCCUACAUUUCCAGAAUUUAGGGGAAGUGAAAAAUGAAAAAUUUCCACAUAGAAAAUUUAUCUGAAAUUACUUGGACCAAUAUUCUGUAAAAAAAAUAUUCUUUGCUAUUAAAAUGUAAUUUCUUUUCAUGUUUCAUGUUGUAAAUAUAUUUAAAGGGUAUUUUUUGUUUUUAAAAGCAGAACGUUCAUGCUGCUAAAAAAUAUCAUUUGGAAAUUAAAGACUGUAUUUGAGAAGUGCACUUUAAUUUUGUUAUUUAACUCCCAAAGCUUCUUGGUCUAAGAUGUUAAAUACAACAUGUUGAUGUUUUAAAUCAAAACAGAAGUGUUCUUUUUUUCCCUGAAUUUUCUUUAAGCAAGGGUCCAAUAUGGUGAAAACUGUUGUGUGAUAUUUCUAUGAGCACCAAUAAAACUGAGCAU